CCAGACACCAUGUCGUCUGUUGCUUCAUCAAAAGAAGAUACAAUGUCAUCUGAAAAAGCAGAUGAGAAAGAACCUGAAACUGAGAACAAAGCUGAGGAAAGUGAUGAGGAGGAAGAGGAGGAAGAGGAGGAGGAAGAAGAAAAAGAAAAGAGUCUCAUUGUUGAAGGAAAAAGAGAGAAAAAGAAAGUAGACCGACUGACCAUGCAGGUGUCCUCAUUACAAAAGGAACCUUUUACAAUUACACCAGGAAAAGGACAAAAACUCUGUGAAAUUGAAAGGAUACAGUUCUUUCUGAGUAAAAAGAAGACAGAUGAACUUAGGAACCUACACAAACUCCUCUACAACAGGCCAGGCACAGUUGCUUCGCUAAAGAAGAACGUGGGUCAGUUCAGCGGGUUCCCAUUUGAAAAAGGAAGUGACCAAUAUAAAAAAAAGGAAGAAAUGUUAAAAAAGUUUAGAAAUGCAAUGUUGAAAAGUAUCUGUGAAGUUCUUGAUUUGGAGAGGUCAGGAGUUAACAGUGAGCUGGUAACCAGAAUCUUAAACUUUUUAAUGCACCCAAAGUCUUCAGGCAAGCCAUUGCCGAAGUCCAAAAAAACACCAAGCAAAGGUGGCAAAAAAGAGCGUAGUAGCACCGGAACAACAAGAAAAGCAAAACGCACCAAAUGUCCUGAGAUCUUGUCAGAUGAAUCUAGCAGUGAGGAAGAUGAAAAGAAGGAAAAGGAUGACUCUUCAGAAGAAAAGGAAAGUGAAGAGGAGCCCCCUAGGAAAGCAUCUAAAAGAGAAAAAUCUAAAAAGAUGCCUUCUAAAACCAAGAAAGCUGCGAAGGGUGCUAAUGUUAAGAAGGCAGAUAGCAGCACUACUAAAAAGAGUCAGAACAGUUCUAGAAAAGAGAGCGAGUCUGAGGAUAGUUCAGAUGAUGAACCUUUAAUUAAAAAGUUGAAGAAACCACCUACAGAUGAAGAGCUUAAGGAAACUGUCAAGAAGUUGUUGGCCAAUGCAAACUUGGAGGAGGUCACAAUGAAACAAAUCUGCAAGGAGGUGUAUGAAAGCUAUCCUAGUUAUGAUUUAUCUGACAGGAAAGACUUCAUUAAAAAAACAGUCAAAGAGUUGAUUUCAUGACCUGAUUUGACUGUGGGAAAUGAAGAUUCCUGAUUUUAUGUUCCCAUGGAUUUGAAGAUUUGAUAGGCACCAGCAAAAGGAAUGUUUCUUACCCUUGUGGUAUUUAGUCAGAACUGGUUCUGCUGAUAAAACGUCAAGAGUGUUGAUGUAAAUUGCUUUGUGUAUCUUUUAAAAAAAAUAAUAAAAACUGCAUUUGAUGCAGUUUUUAGUUAAACCUACUUAAGUUUUGUGCAUGGCAAUAAAUGUUCCCUUUUUUAUA